CUUUAGAGUCCAUUUCUAUUUUUGUACUAGUAGCACGCAUAGCAGUGCAUACAAAAGCCGUAAUGUACGAUACAAUUGUGAUUUGCUUACGUUAGGUUGAUUGGCGUCAAUAGUUGUUUAUUUCAUUUUACUGAACAGUUCCAUUUUGAUUUGAACGCGUGCGCAGUGAUUUAGUGCUUGUGCGUGGCAGCAUUUUAAAGUUAAAAAACCGUUUGUUUUUUAUAUUUUACUAUAUAUAUAAACUUCUGAGAUUAGUUAAAAAUGCAAGAUCGCUUAAACAGAUGUUCAAUAUGGUUUUGGGAAAAAUGCUGUUUUUUGACCGCAAUCCUUCAUGUUAUAGCAAUAUUUAUAGAAAUAGGGACCCACAUCGCAUUGGUUUUGUUUGUAACGAACGGUUUGCAGUGUAACACCAACCUUGAUGCGCUUCAUAAAAUCUGGAUUACGCUCGAAAAGAUUAUACACUUUUCGACAUUAGGCGUGCAUGGAUUCACAUCAUUUCUGGUUCCAUACUCCGUACAAGAUCACGAAGAUACGUUAAACGAGAAGCUGUGUUGUUAUGGUAUCAUACAUUUGCCAGUUCUUGAUACUCUCAUCAUCGUCAUCAACUUGAUGUGGUACAAAUUCGUGUUGUCGUUCUACUAUUCCUUGUAUAGGAAAGAUAUACGAAGAAUACAAUUGUUUCUUAAUUUGGCGACAAUUAAAUUGUUAAUGGAAUUAGCUUAUAAAGCAAUGAGACAUAACAUUAGCGAAGAUGUGUUUGAUGUUGAUAUCUCCUGGAAUUCCGAACUAGUUAACUUCUUUCUAUACAUAUUUUUGAUGACAUCUGUUUACUAUCAUAUGAAGUUCCUGCAAAAGGAACCUUCUGAACCAGAAAUAACAAUUAUUAAGCUACAAGGUGAAGUUAACAAUAAAAUCGAUGAAAAAACCAAGCCCAUUGCAGAAGAGAAGGAAGAAAAGCCUCCAGCAUACGCUUUGGUUUGAUUCAAUUUUGAAUGAAACGUUUUAUUUUUUUAAUUAAUUCUUUUCUCUUAUAUGUGUGCCAGUAACAAUUAUAUUUUUAU